AUGGGUCCUAAAUUAUUGAUACUGCUGGCUGUCACCCUUAUCCAAGGUCAGCUGAGUUUGGCCAAACCUGGCCACAAGGGCAGCAAAAGCAACAGCCACAGUGAGGAAGAUGGAGUAAUUAAGGAGUGUAACGUGGCCCCGGAAGACAGAAGAGACUGCGGCAACCCAUGGAUCAGCGCUGACGAAGGCGCCAAGAGAAGAUGCUGCUUUGACUCCAGCAUCCCUGAGGUUAACUGGUGCUUCUUUUCUAAGGACCAAGAUAAGGCUCAGUGCAGCGCCAGCCCCAAAGAGAGGAAAGACUGCGGAUUCCUGGGAAUAAGCGCCAAGAAUUGCUAUUCCAGAGGCUGCUGCUUUGACUCAAGUUUCCCCGAGAUCAACUGGUUUCUCUGGCUUUUCUUCUCAGUUCAAAGGGCUCCAAAAUUAUGUCUCCUAGAAAUGGAAAGAUGCCGCGCUGGCUAUGGAGGUACUCGGAAGGACACAGGUGUUGGGGACCAGCGUAUAAGUCCAGCUGGUCGGGAAGAAGCGUUCCGAGAGAAAAAGGACUUCUUCCAAACAGCUACUGAGGACAAAGAGGAAUGUGGCUGUUAUUCACACCUGUGGAUUUCAUGGUUAUUGCUUGGAUCACAGAAACGUACAUUUACUGCCAAAUCGGGGAACUGGUUGAAAAAAACACAUAAUGUUUCCAAAAAACUCAGAAACAGAUGCAGUAGAGUAAUUGCCCCGAAGGGAUGUAAGGUGGCCACGGACGACAGAAGAGACUGCGGCUACCCGGGGAUCAGCGCCGCAGAAUGCGCCAAGAGAAGAUGCUGCUUUGACUCCAGCAUCCCUGAGGUUAAGUGGUGCUUCUUCUCUAAGGAGCAAGAUAAGGCUCAGUGCAGCGCCAGGCCCAAAGAGAGGAAAGACUGCGGAUUCCUGGGAAUAAGCGCCAAGGAUUGCUAUUCCAGAGGCUGCUGCUUUGACUCAAGUGUCCCCGAGAUCAACUGGUGCUUUUUCCCUCAGUUCAAAGGAUGCAAUGUUAGUCACAAACUGAGAAAUGACUGCGGGUAUCCCAACAUUAGCGCCAAGGACUGCUACUCCCGAGGCUGCUGCUAUGACUCCAGUAUCCCUGAGACCGUCUGGUGCUUCUAUGGAUACAAGUAA